AUGGCGCCUCGCCGUAGGCCCGUUAAUCAACCGGCACAACAGAAUCAGGGAUUUCUGGAUGCCAUGUAUGCUGCCUUUCAAGGCAUGGCCACAAUAGCUCAAACGGAGCGGCCGGUGGAAUUUGCGGUGUACAAGAUGGAGGGCUUAGCGAAUACUUGGUGGAAACAGGUCAAGAGAAGAAUGGAUGUUACAGGACUGACCUGGGAGCAAUUUGAGACACUAUUCAAUGAGCAGUAUUUCCCUCAGAGUUAUAGGGAGGAAAAAGCGCUGGAAUUCAUGUCUCUGCUGCAAGGUGAUAUGUCGGUAAGGGAAUAUGAGGCCAAGUUCAAUGACCUAUCCCGGAUUCGGAACUUUCAGGAUUUGGUAGCUGCUGCUACGAGGGUGGAACGGGAUAACUUGGCCUAUCACCAAAGCAAAGAGGCAACUGGUCGAGUCUCUGUCUCUGGUAGACCUUCCGUUUCAGGUGGACCACAGCAGAGUGGUAGGAGGAACCGUAACCAGGGACAAACGGCUGGGGAAAUGACAAGCGGUGGCAGUAGUUCGUCCGGAAGUGACAAAAAUGCUCCAUACGGGCCCAGGUGUCCCCAUUGUGGGUAA